UGCGCAGCACAGGCGCAGUCCAAUGCGGGGAUCGGGAUCUAAUCCAACCCCUCUCCGGUGAUCUGUCUGCCUUCAUCUUAACCGUGGGACGUCCGUUGGCUCCCACUCGGUUUGAUGUCACCGUGCGUCUCCUCUCUCCCCCCCCCCACCACCGCCACCCACCCUCUCGAUGGUGAUUUGCGGGGAAGAUGCGCCGGUGUGAGGUUUGUGUUGACCUUCUCCUCCGCUCAGCAGCAUCGACUCAGUGAGAAGCACGAGCGUCCCGGCUCCUCGUAGAGCUCGUGCCCGGACGCACCGGCGCCGUGAUUGCCUCCUCGCCGGUAAUCUUUGACUUCUCCAAUCAAUCAAGACCGAGGCAGAUGCCCCUCGCUCUGUCAUCCCGGCUUUUACUAUGGUGGAGUUUCCAUCUCUCAGUCCUUACUGGCCUCUCCUCCGCUUCCUGGUGCCUUUGGCUAUCACCAAUGUUGCCAUCGACCUCGGGGAACAGGCCCUCAACAGGGGCAUAGCCACAGUCAAGGAGGAUGCAGUGGAAAUGCUUGCCAGCUAUGGCCUGGCGUACUCCCUGAUGAAGUUCUUCACUGGACCCAUGAGCGACUUCAAGAAUGUGGGCUUGGUGUUUGUCAACAGCAAGAGGGACCGAAGGAAGGCUGUGCUAUGCAUGGUGGCGGCCGGGGCCAUCGCAUUCAUUCUGCAUAUCUUGAUAGCAUACACAGAUUUAGGGUACUACAUCAUUAAUAAGCUCCACCAUGUGGAUGACUCUGUGGGGCACAAGACAAGAAAGGCUUUCUUAUACCUGGCUGCAUUCCCUUUGCUGGAUGCAAUGGCAUGGAUUCAUGCAGGGAUACUUCUGAAGCACAAGUACAGCGUCAUCGUAGGCUCGGCCUCCAUUUCAGAUGUUGUGGCUCAGAUCGUGUUUGUUGCCAUUCUCCUCCACAGUAACCUGGAGUGUGUGGAGCCUUUACUCAUCCCAAUCCUUUCUCUGUAUAUGGGUGCCUUGGUCCGUUUCAGCAUUGUUGGUCUGGGUUACUACUGUAAUAUACACGACAGCAUCCCAGACUCCAGUGGACUUGAUGUGGGGGGUGAUGCCACCAUUAAAAAGAUGCUCAGUUUUUGGUGGCCCUUGGCCCUCAUCCUGGCCACUCAACGCAUCAGCCGACCCAUCGUUAACCUCUUCGUGUCUCGCGACCUCAAGGGGACCACUGAUGCAACAGAGGCUGUGGCUGUCCUCACAGCCACAUACCCGGUGGGUCACAUGCCUUAUGGCUGGUUAACUGAACUCAGAGCAGUGUAUCCUGCUUUCGACAAGAACAAUCCCAGCAACAAGCUGAACGCUGGUAGCUCAGUCACCAAGUCGAAUAUUAAAAGGUUUACCUUCUGCUGUCUGGCCCUAUCUCUAACGCUCUGCUUUGUGGUGUUUUGGUCUCCUCACGUAUCAGAGAAGAUCCUGGUUGAUGUCAUUGGAGUGGAGUACGCUUUCGCUGAGCUGUGCGUGGUCCCGCUCCGAAUUUUCUCCUUUUUUCCGCUGCCAGUCACUGUUCGGGCUCAUUUGACUGGAUGGCUCAUGACCCUGAAAAAGACCUUUGUGCUGGCCCCCAGCUCGGUUCUCCGCAUCAUUGUCCUCAUCACCAGUCUGGUUGUGCUGCCUUAUAUGGGGGUUCACGGGGCCACACUUGGAGUUGGAUCCCUCCUGGCCGGUUUCAUAGGAGAGUCGACUAUGGUUGCCAUAGCAGCCUGCUAUGUUUAUCGACAACAGAAAGGUGAGACGUCCAACGAGCUGGUGGUGGAGGGGGAGGACUCGGCACCGAUGAGCGAGGUAUGUUCCAGGAAUCAGAUGGACGCCAUCGAGGAGCUCCAAGAGGAGGAGGAACAGGAGUGAACUGGUGGAGGAGGACGAGGAGUUAAAUCCCACACAGAAACCUGCUGAUGAGCAGACGGCUGAGUUUGAAAACGCUGGAGAGGAGAGUCUCCUGACUGAACUAUGAAUAAGAGUGACGAGGUCUUCUUCACGUUGACCGACACAUCAUUUUAACGCACACUGUAAAGAAAGCCAUGCACCUCCAAGUGUUCAUCCAUCUGUGUAAAUACCGUUGCGUCUUCCGACCUUUUCAACAGUUCUCAUAGUUUUGCAUCAUUGACAUUGGCGGGCGUGUUAACCACUUUCAUGUGUUUACUGGUAAACAAGGGAAAACAACACGGGAGAACUUUUCCUCCUCAGCCACAAGAAUGAAAUGUCUGUUGAGUGGUGGUGGAGCUGCCAAAUACAUUCUUUUGUUUUACAAAAAAAAAAAGUAUUUUGGCGUUAUUUUACAUUUUGUUUUUAUAUCAAGAUUAAGCGGCAAGGCCUUGCUUGACUUCAAAUAUAGAAAUGUUGUGGGACUUGUUGGGUUGUGCAAUCGUAUUUUACAUACAAUGGUGUACAGAUUAUUGUUGUUUUCUAUAGGUAAUGCAAUGUGUAUAUUUAAUUGCGCAGAGGGGUCAGGAAUCCCUCAUUAUAUCAUUGCGUGUGUUACAAACUACAUUUGAUUGUUCACUUUCCAUGCAGUCUGGGAGUCUAUCUACUUUCGUUUCGCCAAGCACUAUUUUCCUGGUAGUAUUCAGACUGUCGUAUGUUCUGUAUAUACUGUAUAGGCAUUCUUAUUUGGCAAAUAAAUUGCUUUAUUAUGAA